AUGUGGGUCGGCUGUGUUUAGACUUGUCAUUUGUUUUUCUUUUGUUGAUUAUAUUUUCAAGCCAUCUUUGUCUGCUUCAAAAUGUGAUGAUGUAAAACCCCUGGUCCUUUUCCACGUGCGAUAGCUCAAGUGGGAGAGAUGCCAGCUUUCCCUGUGUUGAUGGUUCAGUAUAUAAAUGACACAACAGAAGUUCGUUAUUCUGACGGAUCAAGACUUGAGCUGUCCCCGUGUGGAUCAGUGUUCCAGUAUGAGGAGGCGAGGCCAGAGUCACGGCACCCUGUACAGGGAGUGGAUGUUAUUCAGCAGAGGUCUGCAUUUGUCACCAGCCAGUAUCGAGACAAACUCAUCGAGGCUCUAGACUUCCGAAAUCGUUUUGCGGAGCGACCCUAUAUUUGUCAGGAACUGUUCUCAAAGGAGGAUAUUGUGCAACUUUACUCCAACAUUGUUGAAGCAGCCUGGCCCAGUACUACAGAUGAUGCAGAAGUAUUACAAGAUGGCAGCAUACGGUUGACAUCACAGGAUGAGUUUGCUAGUCUCGUUUUCUCUCCUCACGGGCGAGAUUUCACUGUCUGCUACCUCUCCAAAACCAGCACCUGUCCUCCGUCUUCCCAGCUGGCAAUACCAAAACGGCAGCAUAGCAGUCCUGUGGAAACUCGAGUUAGACAUGUGUCAGCAGGGAGUAACUCUGGUGUUUCUGAUAAGUCAGAUGGCAGCUUUAAGUUACCAGGGAAACCAUCUAAAAGGAAAGGGAGCAGUAGGCGGAAACACAAAGGCUCUCAGUUUGGCAGCUUGACGGUAGAGCCUUCAGCGACAUCCGCUUUUGUGGCCAUUGUACCAGCGCAGCGCCCGCAUCAGCAUCGACGGCAGUCCAGUAAUCCUCGGUACUCAGACGGAGAAAGCAGCUCUCACUCUGUUCAGAGUUAUGAUUCGUUGACAUCGUCGAUAGAAGACGAGCUUUGCUCAAGCUAUCACGAUCUCAACAUCCAAGCUGCCUCAAAGUCCCGGCAAAAUCCCAGCGCUGCUACCUCAAGUGUUCUAAAAUCCCGUCCUCAAGGUCGCCGUGGUAACCAGGAGAACUUCUGUCCUCAUGUCUCCCCCGGUGUUAGUCCAAUUAGCAAAGAUCUCAGCCCGCUACACACAGGUACGGCAUGGUGCUCGAUAGAUGGCGGUGCUUCUGGAGAGAACCAAUCAAAAUGCAGACAGUAUUAUUGCUGGGUAACUCAGCAUGUGUCAUGUUCGGACUGCCCCCGAUACUGGGAGCACCCUGCCCGGCUUGUUCAGGAGAAGUGGCGAAAACUGCAAGCUCAGGCUGAUGAUUCAGAUCAUGAGAAAGAAACCAAUGGCAGUGACCCAUCCAGUCUAUCAUGUGGUCAAAGGGACACAAUCCAGAAUGAUGACAAAAGUCAAGUUUGCAUGUGUGAAUUACCUCCCCCUGUUGCACUGACCUGCCCUGGACAACACCUGCACUCCUGGUCACCAUCUACUGACAUAGACCUCAAGGGAAAGGUCAAAGUUGUCAUGUCCGAAGGGGUUAUUUAUAGACUUGUUGGCAGCUCUUCCUUACAUCAAGUGGAGAUUUACCCGGGAGAUAACUCUGUCCUCACAUCCCAGGGCCUCACAGGCCAUUUCUUCCUUCACAUCAUACCAAGGGCAGACAACCCAGCAGCGUACCUGGUGGAAGAGAAAACUUACUCUGUGAAAGUCCCUCCUCAGGAUUUCCCCGGGGAGGCGUACUCCCUGGCCAAGCUCAUCAGUAAAGGAGCGCAGUACUUAGCCACCUGUGACGUGGAUGUCCAGUUUAAAUCCCAUGCUGAAGUUUUCUGCUGGAAGUACAACCAGGAGAAAACUGCGCCUAACAUCUCUGAAGCACGGUCAACGGUGAAAUGUGAACAUAACAUUCCAGGCUUGGGCAAAUUCCUGGCUUAUACGAAUGGAAAGAUUAGAAUCGUAUUUGCUGACCGGACAGCCCUGGACAUGAUGUCAGAGAGCUGUAAGGAUGGAAGUCCUUCUGGUUCCUAUGGCGAUGGAGAUGGCUCACAGCCAAAGGUGACAUGUGACAGUGUUUACCGCAGCCAGAAGGCCCGGGUGUGGGGUGAAUUAAUCCCCGCCGGUCACUGCCGCCUCCUCCUGCCCUCGGGGCAGUACACCCUGGUCAAGCUUAGCAGCCCUGGUCCGUACAAAACGUGUGUGGAUUAUGCUCUGGAGUGGUGUGCCUGGUGUAAUACACCUGUCAGAGAUAGGACUCAGUUCUACGCCAAUGCCACCCUCCCCAACUCCUCCAGAGAUGUAUCUCCUGAUACCGAGUUAAGGAAAAUCAACUGCUUUAACUAUGUUGUGGAGAACACUGUUUUGAAACACCAGAGCCUUGGGGUGGGCCCCUCGGGAGAUGGUUGCCGUUUUGCUCCUCUUGACGGACUCUGCUACAGGACCUCAGAUGCCCCUUCAGUCACAACUUCCACAAACAGUUCCGACAACGAUCAGAUUAAGAGUUUUGAUGACGUACGCAGAGCCCUUCAGAAAACGUCCAGGGUUAUCAGUGAUAUCGAUUCCUUGUUGUCCGCACGCAAGUAAUUUCUUGAAGGAUUAAGAUAUUUGUAUAUGUUAACCGACCAAUAUUUUAGCUAGUUUCAGGGAAGUGUUUUAUGAAAAACAUUCUGUUUCAUUGCUGUGUUUUAAGUCUAGUUCUGUGUAGUGCUAGCACUUUCUGGCUGAUGAACGGUAGCAUUUUUUUGUGCGUAAAAGUGAAAGGUGCUUUACACUGACUGUGGCUUUUGGUGUGGAAUAGAAAACACAUGUUCACUGCUGGUAAGUCCUGGACAUGUGGAAAAUGGCAGUGUCUCAGUAUGAUAUUAAAUAACAAUUUCUGAUUUAUAUCUUGGUGAUGGCAUGGGCAAUUUUUCAUCUGAAUGAAUUCGAAACCUUUCUGCUUUUCUUGUGUUUUGAAAAUGGUUGCCAGAGUGCUUUUAUAUUUCGCCUGCUCUGAAAGUGACCUUAUUGUAUUUGCAUUUUUAAUCAUGAUUAGAGGGUAUGCAGACCUUUGGUUAAAAUAUCGCUGCCUUGGUGUAGGUAAAUGCCCCGGUUUGACUCUGGGAACAGAUUAUCUAAGUUGAAUUACUUAUUGAAUUAAUCAUGAUUAAAGGGCAUGCAGACCUUUGGUUAAAAUAUCGCUGCCUUGAUGUAAGUAAAUGCCCUGAUGGGACUCUGGGAACAGAUUAUCUAAGUUGAAUUACUUAUUGAAUUAAUCAUGAUU